GCAAUCAUUAAAACGUUCCCGCACUGUUUAAAUUGUAUCUUAUGAAUCAACACGCAAAUAGCACUUACUGUACAUAGCACCAUUCUAUUCGUGCAUAGAACGGGAUAACUUAUUUACGAACAUUGUGGGAUUCAAAAAACGGAUUUUCCCGGAGCCUCAUAGACGGCCUGGAUCUAACGCGGCGGGUGGGCACCCGGCAGAGAACGAGAUCCGUAGCUGUAUUGUGAACAUGUCUGUUUUCCCCUCCGCCAAGGACGGGGUAUUUCUGUUUCUAUUCCUGGAAACUUUACCUCUGUGAAUUCUCCCGACAAGAUUUAUUAAAAUGAUAUGUACAUUGGAAGCAUGGAAAUAUAUUUAUUCAUUGAUCUUUGUGCUAAAUUUAGGAGUGUUUUGCAGUCCGACUUAUCACUAUACAGAUACUCCAAGGUUUUUGGACACGGGUCAAGGUUACAACAUCACAGUGCACAGAGGUCAAAAUGCCGAGUUGGCGUGUAAAGUAGAAAACAUCGGGCCCAAACAGGUGGCCUGGGUAAAAAAACCAAACCCUUUUCCCAUCUCCAUAGACACUGAACUCUUUGUUCAAGAUAUGAAGAAUAUAAGAAUAAAACAUGAAAAACAUUCCAAGUCAGCCCAGUCCUGGAAUCUCGUCAUUGAGCAUGUGCAACCGUCCGAUUCCGGUAUCUACGAAUGUCAGGUGACAUCAGUCGUACCGCUCACCUUUGAUGUCCAUCUUCACGUCCUAGAUUCUCCACUUGUUUUGGAACCAUCCAUAGAAAUCAUUGACGUGAAGGACAACAAAAUCGUCAAUUUAUUCGAUCCCUUGACCUUGACAUGUAAUUCCACCGGAUCACGUGGUACUCCAGAUGCUAUCGAUUGGUUCUUUGAAGGAAAUCUUGUGACCAAUCGGGACUCGCAUUGGCAAGGGAGAGUCGUUAUUACAAAGCGGAUCAAUGAGGAUCAUCCGUUUUCACUACUGAGUGAUCUAGUGAUCAGGAGAACCACGAUGGAGGACCAAGGGCGGUAUAUCUGCCGCAGCACCACCUAUACUGAUCCGAAGACCGCCAUGCCGACCAUCAGCGUGGAGGUCAUGAUCCUCAACACAAAGAAAAACCAGAGGAGGAGGGAUGAUGAGAGCAAGAAGUUGCUGCCUUUAAAAGAGAACGUCGGAAGUAGUAUUCGAACAAACAUUCUAAAUAUUUUCAUAUUAGCUGUGAUAGCGGGUUUAAUACAACUUGAAAAUGGCUAGAAUUUAACUUCUUACCAAGAAGAAACAAUUCAUCAAUUCUAGUCACGUGAGCAUGUACCGGAAGCCAGAAAAUGCUGUGUAAUCAUCAAGUCGUCCCAUAUCUGGACUACUUGACGUUAUCGAACGUUAUAUUAAUGGCAAAUUAUGCUAUUAUCGACAGUGUUUUAUCAUUGGCCAGUAGAUUUAUGUGAGCGAGGUUUUAUUACACUUAAAUUUGGCGUUUUAGACAAUUGAUUACCCGGGAUGGCGACAGUGAUGACGGGCCCGUCUGGAAACACGUUUCAUUUUCCACAGAUGUCGCAAAAUAAUAAUCAAACUCUAAACAAACGAUGCGUUGUGAAUGGAGAAAUCCCAAAGGGUAGAUGUUAACAGCCAUUUACCAAGUGUAAAUCUGUCCAGAUUCAAAGGAAGCGAAAGGUUUUGGAAAAUUAAGAUAUACUGCACAUUUAUCAUAUCUGAUAACUCCACACUUCUUACAGAAUACAAGUCUCAUUGAUGUUUGGAGAGGAAUCUGAAUCAGUGUUUUCUUGUGGUGUGAAGUUGUGCGACAUUGUUAUAUCUGUUGUGGAUAUUUCUCAUUUUCACGUUUGAACACAAUUACACUUUUUUUUAAAGAAGUGAAUAAGAUUGUUUGUUAUAGUCUAUAUAUUUAAUUUUCAGUGUUUAAAUCCCUCAUUUUUAUUGUAUUUAAAAUUUUAUAAUGUUAUGUAA